GGAAUCUCUGAAAAGGGGAAGGCAUUGUGUUUUGAGUAAAAUUGUUGAGGCUUUUUAGGAGGUGAAAUGGUUGAUUGUGUUGAAUAUGGUAUAUACUUGAAUUAUGGGGGUAGAUUCAUUAGGGACCCAACACUUCGAACCGAAGAAGAUGUGAACAGUGGUGAUGAGUAUAUUGAUAUUCCUUGGUUAACUGACAAUGAGGAUGAGGAGUGGCAAGCAGCAAGGACUCAGUACAAGGAUAGUGUUAAGUUUUAUAGAGAUGAUGCUGAUAUAGAUAGGGCUUUAUUUGAUCCAACUGAAGCAUUUGUUGAUGAUGGCCUUAGUGACUCAAUCGAUUCUAAUGAUGAGGUCAGCUUUGUUACAACUAGUGAUGAUAGUGAGGCAGAGGAAGCAAGAAGAAGGCGAUCACUGCACAAGGUGUUUGAUGACUCCAUUGUCAAUCCAGAGUUUGAAGUAGGAAUGAUUUUUUUGAGUAGGAAGCAGUUUAAAGAUACUGUUCUAGCACACUCUAUUUAUGUGAAAAGAGAAACAAUCUUGAAGAAGAAUGAUAAAAAAAGAGUGAGGGCUGUAUGUGCAGAUAAAAGACCAAUACUUGGUCUAGAUGGUGCAUUUUUAAAAGGUUCUUGCAAGGGUCAAUUACUAUCUGCAGUUGGAAGGGAUGCAAAUAAUCAAAUGUAUCCAAUUGCUUGGGCCAUUGUGGUGGGUGAAAGCACAAGCACAUGGACAUGGUUCUUGGAGUUUUUGAAUCAUAAUCUAAAAAUUGGUGAUGGAGAAUAUUAUACUUUUGUAUUGGAUCAACAAAAGAAUUUGUUCCCAAAAGCACGUCAUAGAAGAUGUGCUUGGCAUAUCUAUGCAAAUUUUAGAAAGGAACACAAGGGUAAGGCAUUGCAAAGAUGGUUUUGGAUCACUACCAAGUCAACAAAUGAAGGUGAAUUUAAGAGGAAUCUCGAGGAGCUCAAUAAAUCGAAGCCUGCAGCUAAAGAUUAUGUGAUGAAGCUAGACCCAAAAUUUUGGUGCAAGGCAUUUUUCGAUACCUAUGCAACAUGUGAUGUAGUUCACAAUAACAUGACUAAAGCUUUCAAUGGUUUCAUUCUAGAUGCAAGGCAUAAGGGUCCUCUCUCAUUGCUAGAGGAUCUUAGAAGAAAGUGCAGUAGAAGGAACAUUGAAAAGUUGGAGUUUGCUGAGAAAAAAUUCAAAGUUGAUUUUGGUCCAAAGAUUUGGGAGAAGAUUGAAGACCAUAGAGACAAAAUGUCAAGAUGCCAUAUAAAAUCACAAGCAAGAUGGCAUUAUGAAGUACAAGAACAACCAUAUUCCUUUCUAGUCAAUCUUCGGGACCAAACUUGUAGUUGUAGAGUUUGGCAACUCAAUGGUAUUCCCUGUAGACAUGGAAUGCUUGUCAUCCAACAUAGGCACGAGAACUAUGAAGAUUAUAUGCACCCAUGUUAUAGAAAGCAAGCAUACAUUGACACAUACAAACAUGAAAUAAUUCCUAUUGAUGGAAUGCAAUUGUGGGCUGAUUCAGGGAUGCCUGAAGUUGAUCCUCCAAUUCCAAAAAACACACCGGGAAGGCCUAAGAAAAAGAGGCAUUUAGAAGAAUGGAAAAAAAACUAGUGGAUCAACCUUGAGUAGAAAGGGAAGGGUAAUGACUUGUCAAGUAUGCUUCAAAAAGGGUCACAAUUCAAGAUCAUGUCCAAAAAAAAUCCAAAAAACUGCUGUAAGUUCCAAACUAUUUUUUUUAUGUGAAAAAUUAAUUUGAGUUGUGUGAAUUAUGUGAUAGGUUGAAGAUUCUUCAAUAAGUGCUCAAAAUCAGG